AUGUUUUGGCUGACGCUGUGCUUGCGCGGCAGCGUCACCGUGGAGCAGGUGGCGGCGGUGGUGCGGGCAAAACUCAGUGGGGCCUUGUCGGUGCAAGACACUCUUCUCAUUGACGUCCGCUCCACUGGCGAGGUGGCGGCGACCGGUGUCAUUCCAACAGCUGUGAAUAUUCCACUGAAGCUACUGGAGGCCGCCCUCAGUGACGAAGUGGAGGAGGAGGAGUUUGCUGAGACCUUUGGCGCGCCGAAGCCCCAGCCAGGCAAGACGCAGGUAAUAUUCUACUGCGCCCAAGGCUUGCGCUCUGCCGUUGCUGCCGAAGUGGCAGAGGAUCUGGGCUUCAGCGGGGCAAAGAAUUUCACUGGCAGCUUCGCCGCAUGGCAGCGAUACCACGGCGAGCCUGCCAAGCAUGCAGGCAGUCCGCCGACGCAAAACCCGUGA